AUGAGCCUGGCGAGUGCGGCAGUGUCGGCGGCCGGCUUCCAGGGCGGGGCACGCCAGCGAGACUUGAUGAUGGAGCACAAAGUCAGUAAGCUGACUUCUGGCUUCCAGCGCAGCUCCACCUCCGAUGAUGACUCUGGCUGUGCACUGGAGGAGUACGCCUGGGUACCGCCCGGCCUUAGACCUGAACAGGUCCAGUUAUAUUUCUCCUGUCUGCCAGAGGAUAAGACCCCCUAUGUUAACAGUCCGGGAGAGAAGUUUAGAAUCAAGCAGCUCCUCUACCAACUUCCCCCACAUGAUAAUGAGGUGCGUUAUUGCCAGUCCCUCAGUGAGGAGGAGAAGAAGGAGCUACUUAUGUUCAGUGUCCAGAGGAAGAAGGAAGCACUAGGGAGGGGUACAGUGAAACUGCUGCCCCGCAAUCUUCUGAACAGCAUUUGUGAGCAUUGUGGUGAAAACAUCAGCGGUGGAGAAAUGGCAGUGUUCGCCUCAAGGGCAGGCCCUGGGCUGUGUUGGCACCCAGCAUGCUUCGCCUGCUCUACAUGUAGCGAACUGCUGGUGGAUUUGAUCUACUUCUACCAUGAUGGAAAGAUCCACUGUGGAAGGCACCACGCUGAGCUACUCAAACCACGCUGCUCAGCCUGCGACGAGAUCAUCUUCGCUGAUGAGUGCACAGAGGCAGAGGGGCGCCACUGGCACAUGAAGCACUUCUCCUGUUUUGAAUGCGAGACAAUUCUAGGGGGGCAGCGCUAUAUCAUGAAGGAUGGCAGACCAUACUGUUGUGGCUGCUUUGAGUCUCUCUAUGCCGAGUACUGUGAGGCCUGUGGAGAACAUAUUGGUGUUGAUCAUGCUCAGAUGACCUAUGAUGGGCUACACUGGCAUGCCACCGAGACCUGCUUCAGCUGUGCCCAGUGUAAGAGCUCCCUAUUGGGCUGCCCCUUCCUGCCACACCAGGGCCGCAUUUACUGCUCCAAGGCCUGCAGUCUUGGGGAAGAUGUCCAUGCCUCCGAUUCCUCUGACUCAGCUUUUCAGUCAGCGCGCUCACGUGAAUCCCGCCGCAGUGUGCGCAUGGGCAAGAGCAGUCGCUCGGCAGACCAAUGCCGACAGUCGCUCCUCUUCUCACCCUCUGUCAACUAUAGGUUCCCUGGCUUCAGUGGGAAUGCUGAUGACACCCUGACCAACAAGCCUGCCCACAUGAACUUAUCUGAUGAGCAUUUCUGGAGAGGGCGUGGUGAGGAAGCGGAGGCACCUGAGGACCAGGAGGAAGAAUGGGCUGAGCAUGAAGACUACAUGACCCAGCUGCUAUUAAAGUUUGGGGAACAUGGGGUCUUCCAGCAAGCCAGUGACUCUAGACCCACCGAUUUCUGGAUCUCUGAAAAAGAUGUAAAGUCAAAGCAAGAGUCCUCAAAAGCUGGCAGUGGUGGUGGAGGAGGAAGGGGGAGCUUGGCUAGUAAGAAGUACCAGGCAGAAAUGUACUGGACCCAGUCACAGGAUGGGCUAGGGGAUUCAGCCUAUGGCAGCCAUCCAGGCCCAGCCAGCAGCAGAAAGAUCCAAGAGUUGGAACUGGAUCAUGGGGCUGGAGGAGGCUUCCAAGGAGAGGAGCCACAAUGGUAUAACGACUCCUUGGAAUGUAUCACAGAUGAGUUCAAGAAGACAGAUCAGAGUGUCAGAGACUCUAUGGACUCACUAGCACUCUCCAAUAUUACCGGGGCUUCAGUGGAUGGUGAUAGUAAAGACAGACCUUUGGUAUAUUCCCUGCAAGGUUUCCAUGAACUGGAGACCGAAGACUGUGAGAAAACCAGUAAUAUGGGAACCCUCAACUCUUCUAUGUUACACAGAAGUGCAACUUCCCUGAAGAGCCUUGCAUCUGAGCAGGAGGAGGUGGAGGAACAUGUUUCAAAGGAAGAGCAGUUGCCCCUUCCAGAGGAAAGACCCAAACCUCAUGUGCCUGCCCUGAGGAGGACACGUUCACAAUCUAGGCAGCAGCAAGUCAAAUUUUCUGAUGAUGUGGUGGACAAUGGCCAUUACUGCGAUCUCCCAGUGCGCCAACCACCUAUGAGUGAACGGACUCGCAGGAGAGUGUAUCACUUCGAGGAGCAGGGCCAAGAACUUAACUCUGGUCGCCACCAUCACCACCACAGGAGACAUCGCAGUCGCAAGUCACGCUCUGACAAUGCUCUUAACCUGCUGCCCAAAGAUAGGACCCAAAUGUGCUACAAAGUGGACCAUAGAGGCAACGGUCUAGGCCCCAAGGGGCACCAAGCCUUCCGUGGUCAUCCAAGUCCUGCUGCCAUGUCAGACUAUGGCUUACAAGGCCCAGCCAUGGAAAGGUUCAUGGGGCUGUAUGGGGAUGACGAUGACUGGUGCUCCACAUGCUCCUCCUCCUCCUCUGAUUCUGAGGAAGAAGGCUUUUUCCUAGGUCAGCCCAUUCCUCAGCCUAGGCCCCAUAGAUACUACUAUACUGAUGACUUGCCCAGCCCUGUGGCAGGCAUGUCCUCUCCUCCUUAUGGCCAAAGGACUAAGUCCAAAAAGAAGAAGGGGCACAAGGGGAAAAACUGUAUAAUUUCAUAAACUGUGAUUACUCUUAUCCACAGCUUUGGGUAAUGCUCUGCCACUCACCUCUGCCAUUUGUGUCCACUGUUUAAACAGUCUGCUUGCUAUAACAUAACUCACAGCACUCAGUUUAUCAAGGUGUUUGUGUAAGACACAAUUUCUUAUGCUGAAUAUUAACGUGGUAUUACAAAUUGCCAGUAGAGUAAUAAAGCGUUUUAGAGUAACACAUAUUUAUAAACCACCAUCUAAACUGUGCUUUUGUGACAGAGAAGAUAUUAAUGUAUAUAUUGUAGAAUUAAAAAAACAAAAACAAAAUGGCUAUUUUUAUACCCUUGAGCACAUGACAUGCUUUGUACCUAAAUGGCAGUAACAUUUAACUAUUGGCAGUUGGUACAGAGUCAUUUUCCCAUGAGAGUGUCAGAGAUUUAAUAACAAAUUGUCUCUGACCCAAUCUCUUCAAAUGCGUUUUCUUCCCUGCUUGUCCAAUGCUAACAUAAAAGAAACACUGUGUGUAUUAAAAGGCUUGGUUGAGAAUUGUAUUUAUGGGUCACUGUAUUGUAAGCAAAACCAUUAUAAUCUGUAAAAAUGUACAAACUGGAAUAUAAGGCUAAGAUAGAUGAUAAUUGUAAUAAAAAUAUCUAUAUAUCAUGA